GCUCCUUCCUCGCCCUCACCCGCUCCUUCCACCCCCCUCUCCACCUCCGCCCUCACACCUUCCUCUAGCUACAAUCUUGACGUCAACAACAGCGGCGCCUCUCACCACCGUCACUUAUCCAUUCGAGACAACUGAGACAUCAUCGUCGACUCACAAUGAGCAACGCUAUGCCCGCCCAACCAAAUCAGACACCCGCUCUCGAGCGGUACGUCGUCAUCCACGUAGCGACCACAUGUGACGAACACGGCGUAUAUGUGACCAAAGACUCAGCAGAAGUCAUUGAGCUAGGGUGGAUUCUGCUUGAUGCUAAAUCCUGCGAAGAACUCCACCGUGAAAGUGUUUUAGUGAAACCAGUCAAUACUCCUAUCACUGCGCUGUGUACCAGUUUGACCACGCUUACUUGGGACCAGGUCCGCAACGCCGGAACCUUCCGUGAUGCCGUUAACCGCUUCGACGGGUUUGCCCAGGAGCACCUCCUCCCUAAAAAUCUCGAAUUUGCUUUCGUGACUUUGGACUCUUGGGAUCUGCGUGUGCAAUUGCCCCGGGAAGCUCGUGAUAAGGCAGUUGUGCUUCCUCCAUAUCUCCAACACUCCCGUACCUUCGACCUCCGCACCGAAUAUCAGCGUUGGCAAGCCCACCACCCGGAGUCGCUGCCCUUUGGGUCAAGUGCACUCGCCAAUAUAUGUGCUGCCCUCGAGGUUGAGCCUGUCCAGUCCUCGGCGCCAAUUAAACACAACCUACCCUUUCACCUCCAGGCUUUGGCUCCUGCUUCCCCGAGACGGGCCAUGGAAGAGGCGGUGACGCUUGCACGAGUUCUUCGAGGCCUCAUCCGCAAAUCCCAACCGCCUUCAGAUCAUCCCGACGUUCUUUCUAGGCCCAUGGAUGCCCGUGCCGACGUCCGAGCAUUCCUCUCCGAGCGGAGCAAAAUCCUGCACAUGAGCGGUUUGCCCCAUGACACCACACAGUCUGAACUCGAGAGUUGGUUCACUCAAUUUGGCGGUCGUCCUAUCGCCUUUUGGACUCUACGCACCCCCGACCAACAUAAACCCACAGGGUCUGGCUUUGCCGUCUUUUCAUCCCACGAGGAGGCUGCUGAGAGCUUAUGCAUGAAUGGCCGUGCUCUCAAUGAGAAAGCCAUUGAGGUUUCUCCCUCCUCUAGCCGUGUCUUGGACCGUGCCGCCGAUAUUCUGACACCGUUUCCACCCAGCAAGAACCGACCUCGCCCCGGUGACUGGAACUGCCCGUCAUGCGGCUUCUCCAAUUUCCAGCGACGAACCGCCUGCUUCCGAUGCUCGUUCCCUGCCAUGUCCCAGGGCCCGCCUGGAGGAGACCCAAUGGCCUACCAGUACGGGUACAACCACCCCUCAAUGAUGCCUCCUACUCACCACAUGGGUCACGGACACGGCAUGGGCGGCGGCCAUAUGCGUGGUAAUACUGGUGGGGUGGUUCCUUUCCGUGCCGGUGACUGGAAGUGCGGCCACGAUGGGUGUGGAUACCACAAUUUUGCCAAAAAUGUCCAGUGCUUGCGCUGUGGUGCCAGCCGUGCUGGUGCCGCUGUGGUUGCGGAUACUGCCUUCCCAUCUCCCAUGGACACCCCCUCAAGCUUCGGUAUGGGGCCGCCAUCGAUGGGCGGCACUCCUGGAGGUGGUCCCUACGGUGCUGCUGCUUUUGGUUCGGGUCCUGGCUUCCCUGGGCAACAGUUUGGCGGGCCUCCAAGCUCCUAUGCUCUUCCCUCUGGGAUUGGUGCAGCGAGCCCGUAUCCUCCAAUGGGCACUCAAUAUGUCCCGAACGGUGGAAUGCACUCCACUCCUUUCGAUAGCCGCUCCGCUGAAGCUGCCUUCACCGCCGCUGACCAGUACCCGACGCCAGCUGGCAUGUCUAAUGGUGGCUUCAAUGAUGGUCGUAACGACCCCUUCUCUUUCCUCUCAACUGGUCUCGGCGGGCUGUCGAUGAAUGAUAACCGUCGUGAUGUCUCAAAUUCUGCGAGCAAGUCUCCAGCGUAAGAGUCCCGUACAUAUCAGGUAUUAGCCCGGGGAGCAUGGAUCUUACACAAGAGCUUUUGGCAUGGAACGGUUA